UUUUCAGAUGUGGGGAUAUAAAAUUUAGCAUUCAACUUAAGGGCACCUAAGUGUUUGAGACGGUAUGGAUUAUAUAUCGUGUUGUUUUGUCGAGAAAGAUUCGCUUUACAGCAGGUCAAACUUCCAUCCUUUGCAUCUACAUUCAGACAAAGUAAAAUGGAUGACUGCAUUUGGGAGGUCCGAUUCCUCCAGCUUAAUUGUGUCAUUGUGCCCGAAGCGAAAUGCUCAUCAUUCUUAUCAAGACAAGUUAUUUGUUGUUUUACACCUGGAUCACCACCCGGGAAUAUACCCAAGUCCAUCUGUUGAAAUUGAUGAGAAUGUGAGAAAACAAGAAGAGAUUGUAUUAAUAUCAUCAGGAGAAUUUCAUCAACAUUAUGGAAUUUCGAAAGAAUCUACAGAAUUAUGUAUUGCACAAAUACCAGUAUUUCCUUUGUCGCGAGUUAUAAUCUCUGCGAGAAAUGAAAAUACUUUCAACUGGGCAAAUGAUAAGGGCUUUGAAAGGGGAUUGAUGAUUUCUGGAACACAUCAUAAAAGUCUCCUUGCAAGACGUGGAGAUCAGUUUCUUGCAUCACCCCAGAAAACAUUUGGGGAUGAUGAAUCAAUUACGCUACUUCAUUUUCAAAACCUGGUCACUCUAGAAUGCUACCCGGUCAAACAAGGAUAUAUUCAUGCUGGCACUGAAGUUAUCAUUUCAGAAGGUUACCAGGAUAAAAUGAUUGAAAUCAACACUACAAAAUCAAAGGGUGGAUUGAGAUUGAUGUUGGCAACAGAACAACAUUUACAAGGAAAAUCUUCAACUAAAAAGUUCGAUCAACAAUGUGAGGUUCUGUGCAGGGAAGAAACUGCACAAGAUUUAAAUAUAGAAGAUGGUGAUUUUAUUGUUCUUAACAUUUCGUUUCCACAACAAAAAAGAGAAGUGGAGAAUGAUUUUUUAACUCUUAAUAUUGAUGAUGAAAACUCACAGGACGAGGGAGAAUAUUUUUCUAUAGAUAUGCCUCGUGGCAAUAAAGAACAACAGGUUACUCAAAAUGAGCAUGCCAUUUGUUGUCUACGUGUUUGUCAGAACCAUCCUGCGAAUAUAUUUUCUUCAAAAGAUGUGAUAGAUUUGAAACAGGACGCAUUAUAUUUGAGUUCCCUGCUUUGGUUCAAUAUGACAUCUUUCCGUGGCAAGAAUUUGGAUAAGGCAACAGUAGAGAUCAAACCUUUAGUCAACGAUCCUCCAUUUGCAAAAGAAAUUCAUCUUUCAUUGAUUCUAUCGCCAACAUAUUCUCCUGGAGCUCAAUUUGACAACACUCUGGUGAAACAUUUGUCAUCAACGAGAAUCUUAAAGCUAAAUGAUGUGAUUUGUAUAAAAACUCAAGGUAAUUCAGACUUCUUGUGUGAAUGUACAGCCAAAGAUGCAAGGUGCUCAGCACUAUAUUACAAAGUUAUGAAACUUGAAGGAAAAGAGGAAAACAAUUCACAAAUAUAUUAUCAAGUCAAUGUCAAGAACACUGCACUGUAUCAGGAUGGGACAACGAACAAUUUUGUUCCUAAAUUAUUGCCUGAAUCAAUAAAUGCAGACUAUCCAUUGGGAUUAUCAAACUAUGUUGAAGCAUUGAAAGAUAUCUUGUCACCGUAUAUCGCGCAAGAAAUGGACAGUUCGGUUGCCACUGUUCUCUUGUCAGGAGGGCCAGGCAGUGGUAAAUGGAGUGUUGUGUCCACUGUUGCUCAAUUACUCAAUAUACAUGUGAUGAAGAUAAGUUGUCAUGACCUAAUGUCAGAUUCGAGUGGAGCUACAGACGCAAAAAUUAACACGGCAAUACAGAGAGCUGUUUUAUACUCUCCUUGCAUAAUUGUCUUAAAUUCUAUCGAGUGUAUUGGAAGGGAUACUGAGACAGGUCAAGCUGAUCACAGAGUGUGUUCAGGUCUACAAAAUGCAAUUGAAAGCUUGAAAUCAGACGACUUAGCUGUUGCUGUUGUUGCAGUAACAUCAAAUGUGAAAGGAAUGGUUCCAAAAAUUAGAUCCUUGUUUCUUCACCAAGUUGAAAUAAAUUCAUUGUCUGAAAAAGAGAGGAGAGCAACAUUACAGCAACUUAUUACCAUGACGCCAUCUGGAAAAGACAUCGAUAUUCAAUGGAUUGCGAAGCAUACAGUAGGAUUUACUUAUGCAGAGUUAUGGGAAUUGCUUAGAAAAGCAAAUGAAAACGCAAGAGAGAGAAUUACAUCUGAAUGUGCAAUUGGGAGUCGUUUGAGUUGGAUAGACGAAAUGAGUAUCUGUGCUGCAGGAAUAACGACACAACAUUGUGAUUUUACUUGUGCACUUCAAUCAAUGCAGUCUCAACGUGCAGAUAUCAUUGGUGUACCAAAGAUCCCAGAUGUGAAGUGGGAGGACAUUGGUGGACUAGAAGAAGUGAAAAAUAACAUCAAAGAUACGAUUCAACUUCCACUUCAACAUCCAGAGUUAGUUGCAUCAGGUCUACGACGAUCUGGAAUCCUGUUAUACGGUCCACCUGGUACGGGGAAGACAUUACUCGCCAAGGCAGUUGCUACACAAUGUUCAUUGAGCUUUCUAAGUGUGAAAGGACCAGAACUGAUAAAUAUGUACGUUGGUCAAAGUGAAGAAAAUGUACGAAAAGUGUUUUCAAGAGCUCGAGAUGCUGCUCCCUGUGUUGUUUUCUUUGAUGAAUUGGAUUCACUUGCUCCUAACAGAGGUCGAAGUGGUGAUUCAGGCGGUGUUAUGGACAGAGUCGUGUCUCAACUUUUAGCGGAAUUAGAUGGAUUAGUUGAAGCCGAUUCAGAGAAACAAAUAUUUGUUAUCGGAGCAUCAAACAGACCCGAUUUAAUUGAUCCUGCUCUGCUUCGUCCUGGAAGGUUCGAUAAACUGCUUUAUGUCGGAAUAAAUGCAAACAAAGCAGACCAAUUAAAAAUUCUGGAAGCACAAACAAGAAGAGCUAAUCUUUCACCAGAGGUUCGUUUGGAUGAAGUAAUUGAAGCUUGUCCUGACAAUAUGACCGGUGCUGAUUUCUAUGCAUUGACGUCUGAGGCACUAAUGAACGCUAUUAGAAGACGUAUCAAGUUGGAAGAAUCAUAUGAAACAGAGGAGACGGGAAAGACAAUCGAGCCUUUAACAGUAGAACAUUUAGAUUUUAUGAAAGCUGUGAGGAACAUAAACCCUUCCGUUUCAAAGAAAGAAUUGUUGAGAUUUCAAGAAAUCAAAAAUAGGUUUACCUCGCGUAAAUGAGUCUAUGAAUGAAUGGAUUGAAUAACAGCAAUCAUGAUGAAUAGAUAUUGUUUU